CGAUAAGUUGGCUCUAGAGAGAUUACUCCAAAUCACAUAUAACACGUCUGUUGUUAGAUGAUUUCUGAUGAAUACGGGAUGGAUCUACCUAUCGGAUUCGGAUUGUGAUAGGCCUUCGGCCCCUGUACUCGCAUACCGACGCGUAGUUCUGUCGUGGGUGACCGUGUUAGUAACGCCGACGGGAGACAUGUAAUGUUUGGUUCUGCAGAAGGCCUGACACAUGUCAGACGACCCUCCUCGCCUCGCAGACCCACGCGCCGUCCUCCCCGAAAAAGUCCAGAGAUGGUGUGCGGGAGAAGCAGAACGUGAAGCUUCAGCUUGCAGGAUCACAAGUAGAAGCAAGUCGUUCGCCCCAGGGAAAGCUUUUCCACCGAUCGUUACAGGUUCUGACGCGGCGUGAUUCUUGCGUCCGCCCAUGUCCUAGCGCUUCGCCGCUUGCGUCGCACGGUGUUCCCGAUGGCGGGCGAACGGAGAUCACAGCCGCUGCAACGCGAAGAAGAAGGGGGAGAGUCGUCGCCUCGCAAACUAGCCCGCGUCUUGUCCGAUGAAGCUGGGAUCGUGACGAUGGCGGCGCCGUCGCCUUUGAUGCUGGGGUUGGGGCUCGGGCUCGGGAGAGGAGUAGGAGCAUCCAAACCGGUGUUCACCUUCAUGCAGCUGCAGGAGCUGGAGCACCAGGCGCUCAUCUACAAGUACAUGGCCGCUGGCCUCCCCGUCCCAGUUCACCUCGUCCUCCCCAUCUGGAAGAGCGUCGCUGCCUCCUCCUUCGGCCACUACAGCUACCCUUCCUUGAUGGGCUACGGGAGCCUGUGCCUGGACUAUCGGAACAUCAUGGAGCCGGAGCCCGGGCGGUGCAGGAGGACCGACGGCAAAAAGUGGCGGUGCUCCAGAGACGUCGUCCCCAACCAGAAGUACUGCGAGCGCCACAUGCACCGGGGCCGCAACCGUCCAAGAAAGCCCGUGGAAGCGGGAGCUACCACCCCGAUCACCGCCACUUCUACACAGCUGUCCAUUACGGUUCCGGCUGUUGGGCGCCAGCUGACUACCGACGCCAACACCGGCAUUAGCGGUGGCAGCCGCGUGUCUCCGCCAGGGCAGGGCCUAUCGCACGCUCGCGUCCUUCGAAACGACGCUGCUGCUUGAUCUGCCUGUCGGAGAGGGAAAACACCGUAGGCACGAGGCAAGUCUGUAGCUGGUGCGCG